GGGAAUCCUCUGUUCAAAAAAGCUGCCAACGUCCUCUUGUAAGAGAGUGUGGGCUUGCUUUCUGCUUUCACUGCAGCUCACGAGACAACAGAAGACCGAAGUUCGAAAUAUGCUCACCAUAAGCGGAGCACGGGCUUAUUUUAGUUGACUCUUAGGAGGUUUCUGACUUUAACUGCGCUGAAGAUUGAGACAGACCGCACUGAGGGGAAAAAAAGACACAAAACAAGCUACAACUUGUGCAGGUGGUAGACCAUACGUUGACCGGGGAACCAGCUCACACUCGCCAUCCAACACCUUUUCGUCUCACCUGAGCCUGACAAGAAAGAUUAAAAUGUCCGUCGAGAGUUAUUCGGCGCUGGAUGAGUCCUCUCUCCGAGCCUUGCUGGAUGGAACUGUAGAUCUGGACGAGAGGCGCCUCAUCCGUUCAGCCAUCCGGGACUUGAGGAGGAGGGAGAUAGAGGACUUGGAGGCUGCUCUGGCCAGCAAGAGAUUUCGUCCCACACUCCUCAAACAGCAGGAGGACAAGGAGAACCAACAUAAAAGCGAGCAGUCACAAUCCAGCGACAACUUGGACGUCCUGUCUCGAAAGCUGCAGUCAAUCCAGGACAUCGAUGAGCUCACGAAAAUGCUCCGUGCCGCCAGCGAGUACGAGGAGAGGAAGAUGAUCAGAGCAGCUAUUCGACAAAUCCGAGAAGAUCAGCAGCAAGGGACUGUGGAGCGGGGUAAAGCUCCUGAUCGCUGCCUGGAGCCUGAGAGUGUGGAGCCCCAGAGAAGCAUGGGUACUGGGGAUACAGAGCAGGAGACUCUCAGGGAGCCAGAGUGUAUCAGAUCUCAGAUCCGGGAGUUACGCGGCCAGCAGACACAACAUAGCAGAGAGCUACAGAGACUAGGCUCCAACUCAGGCAUGGUGUUGGUUCUGGAUCACCUGGUGAAGGAUGAUGGCUCUGGACCUCUGCUGAUCCAGCCUCCAAGAGAAGCUGUGAGUGCUGAGCCCGACUUGGUCCUGUCUCAUCGGCAAAGGUCAGACUCUUCAGCUUCAGACCGCAGUGUGACCUCAGUGCGAUCCAGGUCCAAUCUGGAUUCUGUGGCCUCAGAGAAGAGUCUGGGCUCAGCCUACAGAGCCCGGCGGGACUCUGGCGCCUCAGACAGGAGCCAGAGUCCCUUGCAGCGUGGUCGGCUAGACUCUGGGGCAUCAGAGCAAAGCAUCAGCUCUCACCUCAGACAGAGACUGGGCUCAGAUGUCUCUGACUCUGGUGUCAGACCCCGUUUUGGCUCUGGGGCUUCAGACAGCAUUGGUCUGUUGUCAAGAAAACGGACUGACUCGGGAACAUCUGACCAGAGUGUGAGUAUGUCCUCUGAGGAGAGGGGUCCAGCAGAGGAGGUGGAGGUCGCCACAAGUGGUUCAACUUACAGCACAGAUUCAGAAACUGAAGGCAGAAGCCGCGAUCCAGCCAACCUCCAGACUCUGUCCAACCAAGACCAUGUCAUUGACCAGGAGCAGCCAGAUGGGGCAGUUUUAUCUCGGAGAGAUCCUGCAAAUGGUCUGCUCAAUGGCAGUGCCAAGGGAAAAAACGACUUCCAGAAGCAAAAGAUAACAAUUAACAGCGACAUGCCCCUCACUCAUGGCAAAGCAAAGGAUUCUGCACCUGAGAAGAAAGAUGUUAUAUUGGAACAAUUCAACCGCACCAACUCUGUACGUGACCGAAUGCGCAAGUUCACAGAGGCCAGCCAGACCCUAAAUGUCCCCGCUUUGAAGAAAGCUCCUCUGAGGAAUGGGACCACCUCCGGCAGCAGUGGACAGACGAAUCUCUCCAGAGCUACUGAGCUGUUUACACACACAGCAGCAUCCCUCAGCACAUCUGGAGACAGGCCAGCAAGGCCACAUGUGGACUCUCACACCUCUGCCGCAUCCCAGAGUCAGGCCAUAAAUGAGCCAGGAGGUGUGGCUAACAGACCUCUGUCUUCAGCUAGCCAAUGGCAGAACUCCAUGGGUGGGACGAGGCAUCCAGCUGAAAAAGAUGUGCACGCCUCCAGUAACUCAAAGGAAGACAGAACCCCAGGGAGAGCAGCUGGACAGCAGGUCACCCAGGGAGAGGCAGACCCGGACAUGAAGACUUUCCUCACUAUCGAGAUCAAGGAUGGGCGCAGCACCACCACCUCCUCAACAUCCUCCCCUAGGGGCAACAUCGUACCCAUCACCAACAUGACCCCACGCAUCACCACUAAUACUCUGGGACAGAGAGCAGAGUUGACCCUUGGCCUCAGAGCGACACCAUUCAAGAUCUCCUCAUCCAGCGUCUCCUCCGGAUCCUCCAUCAAGAUAGAGACAGAGCCCGUUGUGGCCUCUGAGCCGGUGUUUUCACCUGGACCAUCUGUUCAAGUGGCGUGUCACGUCCCAGCAAUCCCCAAUGGCUCCAGCACUCAGGCCAAACCCGACGAGCGCUCGGGAAAGCUGACUGCUGAACAGCUGGCUGCUAUCGAGGAUGAAGAGCUCCUUGACAAAAUGCUCGAUGAGUCAAAAGACUUUGAGGAGAGGAAGAUUAUCCGUGCAGCUAUGAGAGACCUUCGCAAGAAAAAGAGAGAGGCCAAGCUGGGAUGUACUCAAGAAGAAAUAGGUAGGGCAGACCAGAGAGAAAAGGAGCGUGAGACCCGUGUGCAGGAGCUCCGGCAGCAGAGAGAAGAGCGAACACAGAUGGGUCGCGCUGGGGUCGGAGCAGGAGAGGUGGUCAUGAGGAAGGUGGAGAAGUCAGCGGAUGGCUCCACCCUCAGCCAAGUCACCAAAACAGACCGCUUCGCCCAGUCUGAUAAUGGGAACAGAUCAACACGCAGCACUGUCGUCGAGGCCAGUUAUGUGCAGAAAACAGACAGAGGGACACUCCAGUCAAAAUCAUACAGCUUCACCUCUUCCACGUCCUCUUCCUCCUCUAAUGCAAGCAAAAAAGUCGGCAGUGUGUUUGAUCGCGAGGAUGACUCGUCGUCUCGCAGUGGCAGCGGCGGGUUGGCCGCCGUGGAGCGAAGGCAGGCAGAGAGGCGCAAAGAGCUGAUGAGGGCUCAGACUCUGCCGAAGACCUCUGCCAUGCAGGCCCGCAAAGCCAUGAUAGAGAAGCUGGAGAAGGAGGGAGGCGGCCCUGGAAAUCAGGCGGUCUCCAAGGUAAACAAGGUCCAGCGUUCCACCAGCUUUGGUGUACCCAACGCAAACUCCAUCAAGCAGAUGCUUCUCGACUGGUGCCGUGCCAAGACCCGCUCUUAUGAGCAUGUAGAUAUUCAGAAUUUCUCAUCCAGCUGGAGCAAUGGCAUGGCAUUUUGUGCCCUGGUGCACAAUUUUUUCCCUGAUGCCUUUGACUACAGCUCCCUGAGCCCCAGCAACCGCAGGCAAAACUUUGAGGUGGCCUUCAGCAAUGCAGAGACGUACGCCAACUGUAUGCCUCUGCUGGAAGUGGAGGACAUGAUGAUCAUGGGUAAUAAACCCGACUCCAAAUGUGUCUUCACCUAUGUACAGUCUCUGGUCAACCACCUGCGCAGAUACGAAAUGUCCAUGGGUCGGCCCUGUGACCUCUGACCUCACAGACAAGCUGCAUCACAGAGUUGCACAUCUCUGAUGGACAAGUUGGGGAUUGUGUGUGUGUGUGUGUGUGUGUGUGUGUGUGUGUGUGUCCCCGUUUGCUUAUUAUCUUUGUUGGCAGUGGUGAUGUGUAUUCAUUAUUUCGAUUCUCUUCUGAACACACAUUGUUAACACAAAGUCCACUUUUCUCCAGCAAGAGAGCGCCAAAGCUUUAAUAAGGGUACAUUUUAAGCUUUAAAAUUUACGUGGGUUUUUUGUGUACUCAAACUAAGCUUUGUACCAGGUAUUAUUUAACAUGCAGUGGCUGUGUCACUAUGGUAGUGUACUGAAAAACAUCUAGAGGGAAAAGAGAAAUAUUUUUAUAGUAUUUACCCUUUUUAAGUUAUUUGUACCAACUUUUUCUCUGCUACACUUUUGUAAUUAUUGUAGUUUGCUGGCAUUGCUGUUGGUAAUUCCACUGAAGAAGAAAAAUACACCCACCCUUAUUUGGUUUUCAUUUUGGUACUUAAUUUUUUAUUAAUUCCUUUUUACCCAAACUUGGAUUGCUUGAAGUAUUUUAAUUAAGUUAUUAUUCUCAUUUUGAUUUAAGCAAUUAGCAUAAUACUAUUUAAUACAUCAGCACAGAGCUGUUCUUUCUUCAUUGCUCUAAAGGAUGUAACAUUGUUAUUGUUGCAGUAAUCUCACCUUUCUGAACUCUAAAGUGCUACUGGGAACAUGUUUCAGAUUUCUACCCCUCCUGUAUUACUAUAUCAUCAUCAUCAUUAUUUUAACAGCACUAAUUCCUGCAGUCCAAACAUGUUCAGGUAGAUUGAAAACAAGUGGAGUUGAUUGCACUCUGAUGUCACAGCUGAAUUGUAUCAUUACUUGAUGUUUCUUACAGCUGAAUGACAACAUGUACAAAAAGACCUCACAGCAUCACUGCCUUGCCCUGCCAAACACCUUCACACACAGCUCUUUUAGAGGGCUCUUUAUUUAUGCUUGAGUAGAUUUUUAAAAUAUAUUAUUUUGUAUUUCGUUAGUGUAUACUUUAUGCAUCUAAAAGUUUUGUUUAAAAUGAAUCAAUAAGCUCAAGCUACCACAAUGUUUAGUAAAACAUAUGGGUAAUGGGCCAGAUGAAAGCCGGCUUUCUGUUAUGUAAACGUGAGUAAUCAUGACUGACCAUAACUGCCAAUUGUAUAUUUUACGACAUGAAGCUAAAGAAAAUUUUUAAAUGAAGAUUUUUAUUCUGCUGGUUCCUUAUAAGGAAGAUGUUUAAAAUCCGAUCAGAGCUUAUUUUGUUGAAAGUUAUUUCUUAAAGUUCUGUUUUAGUAGAUUUUAAUUGAGAAGUAUUCCACUGUUGCUAACUGAAAAACAAUUAACUUCCACCAAGCAGUGAGAGCUGUACAUAAGAGCUUAAACACCUUAUAAUUUCAUGUUUCUGUGCACCACAGUUAAAUGUGAAUUAAAAUUAAACCAAUUUGAGAAAUGA